AUGACGGUCUCUUUCAGCCCUAGACAGCUGGUAGCCGUAAACGGCGAGACGCUCAAGGAGUUUCUCGGCACCGCGACAGAAGCCAUUGCAUACGAUAUUUUGCGUCCGCAUGUUCCAUUGCCAGCCUGCUCACACGUCCAUGACAAUGGAUGCGGAGAGGGGGCUGUGAGCAGUGCUCUGUUCGCGCUUCACUCGGGCUCCAAUUCUAGGGUUGGUACCACUGUUCGAGUGUCAGCCACGGAUAAGGAUCCCCAGUCGCUCGCAGCGCUCAAAGCACGGGCCGAUCGCGAGGGGUGGGCUGCCCACCUGGCACAGGUUGUACAGGUGGACAGCACCAACUUGUCAGCGGCAUUUGCGACAAGCCAAACCUUUUCGCAUAGUGUGACGAACUUCGUGAUGUUACAGGCGUGGCCGCGCGAUGGCGACUGCGCCGCAGAAAUCUAUCGCACGCUGCGACCUGGCGGCCUCGCUAUCGUUACUGCUUGGGAAGCUCUGCCCACCAUGGCCAUCUUUCGUCACACAUACCAGCGCCUGCAUUCUCAGAGACAGGAGGAGGGUGGGAAAGAUGAUGACCUACCUCCAAUACUGCGUAUGCACUGGUAUGGCGGUGAACAUGUGCAGAAGGCGCUGCUCGACGCCGGAUUUGAAGAGGCACGGACCAGAAAGGAACACUACGAGACGCGAGUGCGAGUUCAUGAUGCUAGGCGAUGGUGUGAGAUCGGGUGGUCAAUAUGCGGGCCGGGGCGCGAGGGCUGGAGGGUAGAAGAUGAGGAAAAUUGGGAUGAAACGAUUAACGUGGCUCUGGAGGUCUUGGUCGCAGCACCUUCGUUUGAGCUAGAUCUGGAGAGGCAAAACAGUGGGUGGUUAACAUUCACGGCCAGUGCUGUCGUAGCGACGAAGUGA